AAAAAUAUUCCAAUAAUUCUACUUCAAUCAAGUCUUCAAACAAAAAAAAAAGCUUUAGACAGAGGUAAAAAAUGCUUCAAGAUUAGUUGGAUCUGGCAGCACUUCAAGGAAACCAAAAUUAGAGAUGUAGAUAGAGAAGAGAUCCCAAUAAUUGUUUUCCAAGAGAAAAAUGAUGAUAAUACUAAUUGUGAUACAUCAUACGUCUAUACUAGCAGAUUAACAGAAAAUGCAAUCAAUAAUAAGCAAGGUGUAUCAAAUAUUAAAAAAUAUUCUGAGGCCCGGAAAAAUCAAUUAAGACAGUUACUUACAAUAUGGGUUAUAAAAGAUUUACAGACAAUUUAUGUUGGUGUUUCAAAAAUUUCUGAAUACUUGCAUACAAUAGCCGAUUGCCCAACACCCCAAUCUGAUUUCAAUACCAAGAAAGAUCUUAAAUAUUUAAAAAAAAUAUUGCUUCUUGAUGAUGAGUGGGAUACAAUAAAUGAUUUAGUAGAGAUUCUCCAACUAUUCGCCGAAGCUACUAAUUACUUAGGUGGAAACUUAUUCGACAAUGAUACAAGUGACGAAGAAGAAAAGAAUGAACAGGAUUAUACGCCAAUUAAUCCCAGGUAUAAAAAUCUAUGUUUUGUCUCAUUUGCUGAACGAUUUGCUACUGAAAAUUUACUUCAUAAGAAGUAUGAUAAAAUGAAAAAUAAUAUAGAUAAAGAGAAAAAAAAUAUUAGAACAGAG